AUGAAAUUCGCUUCGCAAUUCUGUGGCUGUACGGCGGAUACCAAUUACGAUCCUCGUAAUCUGCGACUCGACCCUUGCACCCGCGAGACAUCGCUCGACGCCGUUAUGCCGCUUACUUUUCUGGUGCUUUCUUUGGCGUUCAACAUAUAUCGACACUAUCAAAAUUGGCGGUCGGCAAGGCAUCGUUUAGAUCCCUAUUGCCUUCGAUUACCAACGACCAAGGAUGCGGCUUUACUUAGGCGUAGUUUGGUGUUGCUCGUAUUGAUUCUUCUCGAGAUAAGCUGCUGGGCGUUUCUCUUUGCUUGGCGCUUAGAGAGUGCUAUUCUGGAACGUGGCCAGGGAUCAAGCAAAUGCGGCACGUCGUUGUAUCAGGUUGUGGAUCCUGGGAUAGCUUUAAUACCCCGAUUUUAUAUGCUCAUCUUGGUCAUCAAAUCAUUCACUACACCUGCCGACCCAGUAUCACCAUCCAAAUUCACGCUUUACAACCCGCAUUUCCUUGUAUUUUACACUCUUGCUUCGACAUCAGCUAUCGUUCGUGCCUUUUCGUAUUUUGUCACCAAUUCAGACGAUGAUUGGAUCAUUUCAGCUACAACAGAAAAGUCGUUUGCUGUCGUCGACCUUGCCAUUUGUAUUACAGUUUGGUUAAUAUGUGCUACAACUCCCGGUGAAUUGGAUCAAGGGGAAUUAUUGGAUAUCGAUGAUGCUGAAGAUGGGAUCCUUGUGCUUCAUGAUGGUCGCGUGGUACGGAGUGGACGUAUCUUGAGCCUGGAAGCAAGUGCAUCACCAUUAUCAUCUGUCACUUUCAGCUGGAUGAAUAGCCUUUUGUAUGCAGGAUUCAAAAAACCAUUGGAUAGUGAACAAUUAUGGGCUUUACCAUUUCGACAGCGCGCACAAGAGAACUACCGCCAUUUUCGAUCCAUGCUUGAUUCCAAAAGCCUCAUGAUGCGUAUCUAUCGAGCCAAUCGCAAAUCCAUCCACUUGCAAUUCAUCACUGCUGUCGCUGCUGUUGUAUUACACUAUUCGAAUCCAUUCUUCCUUUACAAGUUGUUGACCUAUAUUGAGAAUCCUGACGACUAUCCACCACAAACAGGCUAUCUUUAUUGUGCCACCAUCUUUAUUUGCAAUGUGAUCAGUACUUUGGUGGCAUCGCAAACACUCUUAUGGGGACGUCGUUGGCACGUUACAAUGACCAACAUGCUCAAUUCCGAGAUUUAUGCACACACCUUGAAGCUGAGUGGAUCCAAUGCGAGGGCCGUUGACAUGGAGCACGAUGAUAUCGAAGAUGAUAUUCAACAAAAGCAAGCGAGCUUGAUGAGCCAUGAUACAGAACGUCUUGCUGAAUUGGCAUCUUAUUUACAUAUAUUCUAUACUUGUCCUUUGGAAAUCUUUGCUGGCGUCGCAUUUUUGUAUUACAUCCUUGGCAACGCUCUUCUCGCUGGUCUCGUUGUUAUGGUUGUCGCAUUACCAUCCACCCAUUAUAUCAGCCGCAAGCUUGUCAAUGUGCAGCAGCAGUUAUCAGAGGCCAAAUCAUGGCGUAUUCGAUUAGUAAAGGAGCUAUUGGAAUUCAUCAAGGCGACAAAGUACAUGGCAUGGGAAAGAAAAUGGGAACAAGUCAUUACGAAUGCGCGUGACGAUGAACUUGUCAAGCUUAUCAAGCUUUACACCCAAAACACCAUCCUCACUUUGAUUUGGUUUGCAACUCCCGUCUUUGUUACCACGAUAUCGUUUGCUUGGUACACGUUGGUUGAACAUCAUCGAUUGGAUCCAAGCACUGCGUUUGUAAGCAUUGUGUUGUUUGGCAUGCUUCGGGACCCGUUGAAUGUGAUGCCACAGGCGGUGAUGGCGUACAAUGACGCAAAGGUCAGCUUGGGACAUAUCAACGCGUUCUUGACUUCUGGUGACAAGCGCGAUUCUGAUUCCGAUUCUAGCCACGCACCGGAUAAUCAGCAACAGCAGUAUUGUGAACAACAAAAUCGACAACCGGCUAGACCUUAUAUCGAACAAAUUGAAGCUGGUUUCAAAGUGGGAAUGUUCCAAUGGCAAUCAACUACCGCCACUUCAGCAGCAGCAGCAGCAGCAACAACAGAACCCGCCGCCCAUCAUGAUAAGCAUGGCAACAAUACUCCUCCUCCUCAUGUUGUGACACCUACAGCAACAGCAGCCGAUGGCCAUUCAUCAUCAUCACUAUUAUUGCCUUUUGUAUUGCACGUUCCUGAUUUGAUCUUCCCUGGUGGCAAAAUAUCAAUGAUUGUUGGUCAACGCAACAGUGGCAAGACAAGCCUUCUUUGUGCUUUAUUGGGAGAGAUGCCAUCGGUUACCGGAACCGCCUUCCUUCCGUCCCGAUAUCUGACACCAGACACAAACUUUAUCCGUGAUCAAGUCAAUGCAUCUUUGUUUGUGUACCGCACGGCUUAUGUGUCACAAAUACCUUGGAUCCAGCAUGGCACUGUACGAGAAAACAUUCUUUUCUUUGAGACGUGGGAUGAUACACGAUACCGCACGCUUUUACAUGAAUGUGAUUUGCUCAAGGACUUGUCUCUUCUUGAGAAUGGUGACCUUACCCUUAUUGGCGAAGGAGGAGCUGCCAUUUCAGAAAGCUUGAAACAAAAGAUAUCAUUGGCACGUGCGGUGUACUCAAGAGCCAAGACAGUGUUGAUUGAUGAUAUUUUCACCAACUUUGAUACGCAUACGGCUGCCUAUCUACGUGAUAAAUGCAUCCUCGGUGAGCUGAUGAAGGAUCGGACCAUUAUCCUGGUAGCGAGUCAUCCCAAUCUUUGGUUACGGCAUGUUCAAUUGUUGGUGAAAAUGGAACAUGGCAAGGCGACUUUGAUGGAAAUCCAAGGCGAUGAGAACUUUCUCAACGACAACACCAUGAAGGAACCAGGCGAUAUGGAAAUUGCCAAUGAUGAUCGUAUCGAUGCCCUCUUUGAGAUUGAAAAUGCCUUUGCGGAUGACAGUGUUUAUGACGAAGGAUCGGUGAUGCGAGAAUCUAUUCGUGCAGCCGAUGAUGAUAUGCAUGAUGAUGAAGCCAAGUCAAGAGAUAUUGCGUAUGCGACCUAUUUUGCAGCAUGUGGCGGAUGGCAGUUUUGGAUGUCGGCAAUCGCGUUUACCAUUUUAGCUCGGCUUUGCAGCAUCUCGGAAAGCUUUUGGCUAACAUGCCAUCGGUUCAUUUUACAGAUAUGGUCAACGGCGGAUGAACAAGAACCCAAUGAGACAUGGUGGACAACGAAUCGAUACAUUGCAAUGUAUUUGACGUUAUGCCUUUUUACCGUGGCGUGUAACUUUAUUCGUACCGUGGUGCAGUAUCGAGGAUCAUUACGCGCCUCCAAUCGACUAUUCUUGGCAUUAUUGAGAUCCGUAUGCCGAGCCCCUGUACAAUUCUUUGACAACACAUCAUCGGGACAAAUCAUGAGCCGGUUUAGCAAGGAUAUUGAAACAGUGGAUUCGAGUAUUGGAUGGCAUGUCAACUUUUUGCUGCAAACGGUCUUUGGUGUUGCUGGCGUGGUGAUCACGAUUGGCGUCAUUCUCCCUGAAUUUUAUGUUGCUUGUGUCUUUGCCGCAUUAUGCUAUUAUUACAUUGGUGCUGUCUACAUACGUACAUCAAGAGAACUCAAGAAGCUCAAUGCAAGCAGUCGUCUACCCAUCUACUGCCUUUAUUCGGAUACAUUGAGCGGACUCAGCACCAUCAGAGCAUAUCAUGAACAACGAGCCAUGAUGAGGAAGAUGUUUCAACUAUUGGAUGAAAACAUGCGAGCCUUUUACACAUUGUGGACCACCAAUCGAUGGCUAUUUGUACGCGUUGAACUUGUGGGAUCCUUGCUAUCGCUCUUUAUUGGCGUCCUUUUGAUCUACAAAAAGAUUAAUGCAGGCUUGGCCGGCAUCGCGCUUACUUUUGCAACAAGUCUACUCGAGUAUAUUUAUUGGUUGAUGCGGCAAUCAACUACGGUGGAUAUGCAUUUUGAGUCGAUUGAAAGGAUCAACGAAUAUGUUGGGAUGGCAUGUGAACCACCAGGGAUUGUAGAAGGUUCUCGCCCACCAGCAGCAUGGCCAGCAUCUGCAGGCAUUCAGGUGCGCGACUUGACUGUUUCUCAAGAUGAUGAGGAUGUUCUCAAGCAUGUUUCAUUCAAUGUGCUACCUGGAGAAAAAGUGGCACUUGUUGGUAGAGCUGGGGCCGAGAAACACGCUCUCUUGGCAAGUAUCUUUCAAUUUAUGGAAACACGGGGAUCGAUCAAAAUCGAUGGCGUAAACAUUGCUUGGAUCGGAGUCGAAGAUUUACGCUCACGUAUCACUUUUGUCACCAAAGAUGGCAUCGUAUGCAAUGGCACGAUACGUAGCAAUUUGGACCCAUUUGGUGAAUACGAUGACUAUGAGUUAUGGCAAGCAUUACAUCGCGUCCAUUUGGCAGCAUCACCAUCAUCGCCUUCGGCAAAGAAUAUACCCAGUUUUGUGGUUCAUGAUCUUGACAUGGAUAGCAAGACGCUGACUGUGGGACACCGACAAUUGCUAUGCAUAGCACGAGCACUGCUGCGCGACUGUACACGGUUCAUUGCUUUUGAAGAGGCUCAAUUGACUCCUGAAGAAGAAAAUAGUGUCCAUGCCAUUAUUCAAGAAGAGUUUUCAGAAUCGACCAUGUUGGUAAUACCUCAUCGGCUACAAAGUGUGCACCGUUAUGAUCGCGUGAUGGUCUUUGAUCAGGGUGCAUUGAUUGAAUACGAUAGCCCAAGUGACCUUGUCGAGAAUAGUCAAAGCUUGUUACGAUCAUUGAUGGAACGUGCUGGUGUUCUGGACUAA